CCUGCUUUUCUCAACAAUGUUUGGGUUUAACAAAAAAAAAGUCAAUCCAGAUUCUGAAUCGGCAAAUCUAGGAUACGCCAAAGUUUGAUGGAUCAAAAUGUGUGUGUGCGUGUGUGCACAACUGGGUACCACAUUUCAGCAGAUGACACCCAGUUUUAACGGACAACCACUAAAUUCUGUCCCGGUCGUAUAGGUGUAUAGAAGGCGCUGCACUUGAAUAUCUUCAAAAACUGAUUUCUGAACGUGUAUCCGUACAGAACGUGCGCUGUUCCACUCCAGUUCUUACUGGGAGUUCCCAGUGUGGAUGGACACAGAAAGAAGUCAAACAAAGUGCGAACGUAUGAAGUUAUCGCGCUUAAAUUAUAGGAACACUUCUUUUUUAAAAUCGGCCGGGUCAAAGGUGGGUUGGAAAAAGCAGAAGAAAAGAAGGAGAUUUCCAAAACGGAUUUAACUGUGAGCCGCAACCUGUUACCGCGUCAGGAAAUUGACAAGAAUGACAACGAAAUAACACAACGGCAUUUACGCCCAUGUGUAGAAAUGAUAAUUUUGUUUACCCUCCACCCCCCCAGUCCCUUCAGAUCAACUACCACAAAGCUUGCCUGCGUGGUAACAACACAUCGUACAUAAGCCCUGCACACAGGCACACAGCACGCCACUUAUUCACUCAGCAGCAGAAUACAAUAACCACACUACGGGAUAUCGAUACUCCGUUACACUUAAAAGCACGAUGCGAACGGUAAUCGACUCCUGUAACCCAUCCCGCAGUUGCUAUUGUUUACUGUGGUUAACAUUAAAAUGGUAAAUGGCUUUAAAAAGAAUAUUGGUUACUGUGGUUAAAAUUAAAAAAGUAAAAGGCUUUAAAAAAAAACUUUCAUUUAAAAAAAAAAAAAAAAAAAAAUUAAAAUUAAAAAUCCAAGGGUUUGUGAAGCACUGGCGAUUCCGUGGAAGAGCUCCGACUGCGAUGUGAUGACUUGAAGUCCAACCAGUGACUCACACCUCACCAGACACGAGACGUUAUCGGCAGGUCAAAAACACCUUAGUCCGUAUCUGCUUUUCAAGGUCCAACUGUUCCAGGUAUAUAAGGCCGUGACAGGCAAUGACAGCCCACCUUCUAUCGGGGCCUUACUGACUUUCAGGUAAGUUUCGUUGUUUUUUGUUUUUUUAAGCGUCCUCCUGUGCCUUGCGUCAUCGCCGGUGAAAAAAAAAGUUAAUGUCGGUUUCAGUUGGCCUCUAGGAAAGCAUAAGAACACAGUUCUUGCGUCAUAAUUAAUAAGACAAAAAAAAAAAAAAAAAACAUACUAUUAUUAUUUAUCUUUUUAUUUUUNCUUUAAAUCAAAUGCUUUAUUUCCGUGUCCGAGUAUUCUAGUGAUUGAAAAGUAAUUUAUUUAUUUUAUUUUAUUUAUUUAUUUAUUUUUUUUGGGGUGGGGUGGGGGGGGGGGCGCCUUUUGUUUAUUUCUUUAUUGUUGCGACUUAUUUGGUUGAUGUUAUAUUUUGUUGUUGUUCUUUUUUUUUUUGGGGCGGGGGUAUUGGUUGUUGAUGGUACUGUGAAGUAAUCACGGCUUCCUUACACCUGUUACUUGAUAUUUUCAUUAGUAAUAACUACAUUAGUACCGCCCUUAUUUAACACAGAAAUCCUCAGCAUGGAUAUUUGUCAUAACUACAUUAGUACCACCCUUAUUUAACACAGUCAUCCCCAGCAUGGACAUUUGUCAUAACUACAUUAGUACCACCCUUAUUUAACACAGUCAUCCCCAGCAUGGAUAUUUGUCAUAACUACAUUAGUACCACCUUUAUUUAACACAGUCAUUCCCAGCAUGGACAUUUGUAAUAACUACAUUAGUACCAUCCUUAUUUAACACAGUCAUUCCAAGCAUGGACAUUUGUCAUAACUACAUUAGUACCACCUUUAUUUAACACAUUCAUUCACAGCAUGGACAUUUGUAAUAACUACAUUCGUACCACCCUUAUUUAACACAGUCAUCCCCAGCAUGGACAUUUGUCAUAACUACAUUAGUACCACCUUUAUUUAACACAUUCAUUCACAGCAUGGACAUUUGUAAUAACUACAUUAGUACCACCCUUAUUUAACACAGUCAUUUCCAGCAUGGACAUUUGUCAUAACUACAUUAGUACCACCCUUAUUUACCACAGUCAUUUCCAGCAUGGACAUUUGUCAUAACUACAUUAGUAUCACCCUUAUUUAACACAGACAUCCCCAGUAUGGACAUGUGUCAUAACUGCAAGAGUGCCUCCUUCACUUAAAACAGACAAUGUUUUACUAAAUUGUAUCUCAGUGUUAUAGAUAACUUUAAGAUAAUCCCAAAAAUACAUGUCAAGCUGCUUAGAAUUAGAAUAAAUUGUCUAUUUUUAAAGCACUGUCUACUGAUUGCAUAAUGUAAGACAAGGGCCAAAGAUGUCUGAAGUUAACACAAUGGCCGAAAAUGUCUAAGUUAACUUAUACAGCCUAAUUCAAAAGUUUAACAGGCUAUCGUUAAUUUUCACUUCAUUCGUCAUGAAACCAUUCUCCCUUCUGUCUUUCCCCAGAUUUUUUUGUCUUUUCCUCUCAACCGUCACUCUCAAAAUCAAAAUGGACUCCGGAUUCUUCGGCACAUGGGAAGUCGACAACUCAAAGACAACUGGUUUGGAGGAGUUUGGCAAGGUCAUGGGUGAGUCAUCCACUUCAUAAUCAUCUCCCACUUCAUAAUCAUCUUCCACUUAAAAAUUAUCUCCCACAUCAUAAUCAUCUUCUACUUCAUAAUCAUCUUACAUUUCAUAAUUAUCUCCCACUUUAUAAUCAUCUUCCCCUUAACAAUUAUCUCCCACAGCAUAAUCAUCUCCUACUUCAUAAUCAUCUCACAUUUCAUAUUUAUCUCCCACUUCAUAAUCAUCUAACAUUUCAUAAGUAUCUCCCACUUCAUAAUCAUCUCACAUUUCAUAAUUAUCUCCCAAUUCAUAAUCAUCUCCCACUUCAUAAUCAUCUCACAUUUCAUAAUCAUCUCCCACUUCAUAAUCAUCUCCCUUGCACUCUAAAACACAGGGAUUUAAAAAAGUCACAUGUCAAAACUAGGCACUAAUGACUGUGUCAGCGACAGUUCACACCAUCAAAUACCUUUCAAAUUAGCCUCAAAUUUGGCGUCGCAUUUUUGCAUGAGCGCACUAUUUUAUGCGUGGGUUUUUUGGGGGACAAAAAUGAGAAUUUGAUCAAAUCAAUGUUAUGACAAGGCUUCAUAGAAAAAUGUAUGAAUGAAAAUUUGACGCGAAAUUGAUCGUGUGCACUGAGCCAAAUGGUAAAAAAAAAAAAAAAAAAAAAAAAAAGGUGGAAGGGGAAAAAAAAUGGGGGUAGGCGUAAUGUAUGUUUGUUUUCAAGUGUUCGUUUGUGGAGGGGCAUGGCUAUGGGCAUGGCUAUGGGCAUGGUUAUGGGCAUGGUUAUGGGCAUGGCUAUGGGCAUGGUUAUGGGCAUGGUUAUGGGCAUGGAAAUGGGCAUGGUUAUGGGGGAAUAACCUUAAUUUCGCACUGUUAACUUUGACUUGUGCGCCUGGCGUAAACAUUGGUCAUGAUUGAAAUGUGGAUCUUAUUAAAUUGAGAUAUAGGUCUGGGCGGUUAGUUCAGUUCGGUUAACUACCAAAAUAAAAUCAGAACUAAAGUACUUCAAAUAAAAUGACUGAAAGGUAAUGGUUUUUCAUAUUGAAGACUACAGGAAAUGCAUUAGUUUCGUCUGUUUCUGAUUAAAAUAAUUGUGGCGCCUUUAUAAGCAUGUCACACUUCUUAAAGAUGUCAUUGACUGUGGCAUGCCUGGCUUGUGGCAGUAAAAACGGUGUCUUGUAUAGCUUUGGUUGUGACAGCAAGAUUCAUGACUGCUGGCUUAGGUAGUGACAGCAAGAACCAAGGCUAUUGGAUUGGCUAGUGACAGCCCUAACCAAGGCCACUGAGGUGGCUAGUAGCAAAUACCAAGGCUAUUGGAUCGGCUAGUGACAGCAAGAACCAAGUCUACGGAAUUGGCUAGGGAUAGCACUAACCAAGGCUAAUGCAUGGCUAGUAACAACCCUAAUUAAGGCUAUUUCCUUGGCUAGUGACAGCAAGAGCAACGGUUAUUGGCUAGCUAGUGACAGCACUAACCACAGCUUUUGGGUUGGCUAGUGGCAGCAAGAAAAACGGCUAUUCUCUUGGCUAGUGACAGCAAGAACAACGGUUAUUCGCCCGGCUGAUGACAGCAGUAGCCCUGCAGCCAAACACGAUCUAGUCCAUCUGGCUAAGCCCCUUGUACACAUGCCCAUGGGGUAACAGCAGGCGCAUUUCCCACAUUCCUGACUGGUGGCCCCAUGUUUCACGACCGCACUUCUAGUACUUAACAGCAUGAGCCACUUCCUUGUUGUCUUCCUGUGUAGGUUGACAGCACGAAGACAUCAAUUACGGCUUGGGAUGUAAUAAUAAUAAUACUUAAGUAAUAACAAAUGGAUUCAGAACUUUUCAAAAAUAGCAUUAAAAAAAUAUGUACAUUAAUUUGAACAAAAAGGGGUGUGUGUUUAAAUUGGCCGGGGGGGGGGGGGGGGGGGGAAAAAAAUUUAACAGGACAGUCUCUAAUUUAGAAUUAAGGAAAUAAAUGUAUUCUGUGGUUAAGGGGAAUUUCUGUUUGAAUUAUGGAAACACAACAUAAUUUUCAAAAAUAGCAUUAAAAAAAUAUGUACAUUAAUUUGAACAAAAAGGGGUGUGUGUUUAAAUUGGCCGGGGGGGGGGGGGGGGGAGUAAAAAAAUUUAACAUGACAGUCUCUAAUUUUGAAUUAAGGAAAUACAUGUAUUCUGUGGUUAAGGGGAAUUUCUUGUUGGAUUAUGGAAACACAACAUAAAUAGGGUCAGUUUUACAAUUGAUUGAGACCGCGUCACGGUUCACUUUAAAAAUCUACAUACUACUUACGUCAUAUGUAUCUGGAUAUAUUUAUGAGUGUGUGUUUAGUUUAAGAAUUGUAUUUGAAGAUUGCGCGGUGCGGGGGGUAGUUUGGUUGGGAAAGGGGGGGGGGGCCUUAAAGAGUCCAACGUCUGGUUCAUCCUUCAGGACCGUUAACCUUUUAUCAACGUGACGAGUUCACGCUUGCCUUUCUGGUGACGAUUUGCCUGCACUUAGCGCAACGACCUUCUCUCUUUGUGUGUGCUGACACUGAUAGGAAGAUGAUACGUCGUCCUUAUAAGUGCUUCUCCACUCUGCUAUCCUGGUGUUGUAGUGGUCCGCUUUUCAGGACAUCCUUGCCUAAACUUGCAAAAUUUUCUGGGUUGGGGGCUGGUGGUUCUUUGCGGGGCCGGCGUGUACAAUAAUGUAAUAACACAUUCUGCUCAGUUGAGAAAAAAUAAAGUAGGCCCUGAUCACGAUACCAUCUGUGUACUUUGGGGCCACACCACAUACUUUCAAAUUCACAUACUACCGGGAAAAGUGGGGGGGGGGGGGUUGUCUCAUGCCUUGUCACAAGAACUCAUCCCGUUUGUAUGGUGGGAGCACAGCCUGGAUAAGUGAACGGUUCCCGUUGAAAGAGUUGUUCAGCUUAAACGACACGUCUCACAUAAACCCUUAUAAUAUCAGUUACGUUAAUAUCAAUUUGCAGUUUGAGCACCCCUGAGCUAUCCACAGGGACCUGGCUACACCAGAGGUUUAAAAGAGAAGAAAUUUGUUGUUAAAACAAACACACAAUAAAAAAUUUUUUCCAAAAAAAGCGUCAGCAGCAACAUAAUGGGGUAAAAUUUGUUUCUUUUGGGACUUUGGCUAAAGAUUUGUUGGGCCAAUUUAAACCCUUGAGAACAGAAUCCCUUGUAGCUCGACCAAACUUAAAAUGAGAUUACAAAUUGGUUUCACUUAAGUUAAACUGAAACAUCUUAAAUGUCUCAAAUGCUGUUUAGAGGGGGGUGGGUCAUUUUUUUUUUAAACUGGUGGAUUGUCUGAUUGAUUACGUCCAAUUCAUCUGUCACACCAAUCAACUGACAUCGCUAUCAGAGUUAUAUCACAAAGCAUUAUCAUUUUUGUAACUUUCCCACUACUUGACCUAGAUAAACACACACACACACACACACACGCACGCACACACACGCACGCACACACACACAUCUGAGGUUCUAAAAUUGAAGGAAACCUUAGCGAAUAACGCAAAAUAAUUUGUUUCACCACUAUUGCAUCGUGCGCCAUUUAGUUAAACAAUGAAAUGUCUGGUAAUUAGAAAUGUAAUAGGUAAAUAUUGAAGUGCACACCAUAGACGCCAAAGAUCAGCGAACCCAAGUACUUUAGUACUAGUUCUAUCAGUUGAGCGUGGCCAGAUAACGUGUAAUCUGGCGUGGACCCCAGUGUUUUAUCUUACAUCCGGGCCACACGGAGAAACUCCCACUCGCCCGUGACAUAGUUAGCACGUGACCCCUCGUACCGGAAACACGUUGAGUGUAAGGACAGGGAGGCGUGCUAUGGUAAAGUCACCAGUGCACACUGCAGUUGAAAAGCAUUAAAAGCAAUACAAAAACAAAAUCUUCCCGAAAAAAUAUGAUUUACCUCUCAAUAAUUUGGAUCCCGCUGGUAUUUCCUUUGAUGUCUCGCCUCAAUCAACCCGUUGUGCAACAUCCCCACCCCCUCUCCCCCACCCCACCCCCAACUUUGUCUGAUCAUGGUGGAUUUUAAGGAAAGGGAACGUAUACCAAAAAAUCAAACAAAAUCGGGAAUCGAUCAUAUUGAAAUGAAAACCGUUUUUGAGUCCGUUACAACGGACUGAAUUGAUCAACCAUAACAAAAAAAUAUGAGAUCUGUCGUUUGAACUGACCAAUGAGAUUUGAUCUUUUUGAUCCGUUUACAACGGACUGAAUGAGAUUUGAUCUUUUACAACGAUCAUUUGACAGUGAGUUCCCCCACCUUGCAGUGUGUGCUUGCAAUAAGCUCUGAUGAUGGCUAUUCCUAUGCAGACCAUUGCAACCGACGUUAAUUAAUACUCCUCGUGUGGAACAAGACUUUACAAAACUGUUUCGUGUUGUUUUCUUUCUACUGGAUAUCAAGUCACCUUCGGAGGACUCUAUUUCGACAGAUUUCUUUUUUUACUAUGUUAUUGUUCGUCCGUCGAGGAUCGACGAGGACCAUCGAGUCGUCUGGUGACUGAUGACUUGCGCGGGUGACUUUUGUUUAAAGUGAAGAAGAACUGCGCGGCAUCUACCUCACUCUCUCGUCCGAGCCCACCAUAUCCAGUGGCAAGACUCUACGUCAAGACGACCAGGGAUGGGUUCGGUUGCAGGAAUUGUCAUUGUUUGCGCCUUACGGGAUUCCAACUCCGGGUUUGAAUUCAGAGUUUCCUUCUCUUAGAUGAGUUGCCGACCAAGGUUAACGAGUCUCAUCCACCCGGGGUGAUGUUUUUGCUUGACUGGCCUUUGGCUGGACUUGAACACCAGACCACCAACUUGAGGUUUGCUCAGUUUAGACAAGUUGGCCACCCAGUCACCCUUUUACUAUACACCAUUCUCCAUUUGUCAGACUCAAAUGUGUCCAGUCCUGUCACUCUUCGAACUUCAGUUCAAACACCCACCACAAUGAACAUGGUAUUUUUUUUUCAAUUGCAAAUAAAAUUGAUAUCAUUUUGUUUUCUUAUUAUAAACAAACUGUUUUUCCGUUUCACAUUUAGGCUUCUCAGAGGAAAAAAUCCAGAAAUACAAGGAACUCCAGUACUCGGUCACACUUAGCUUAGAUGGUGAAACCUACAAAAUUGUAAUCGACUUCAAGGGAAAAGUGCCCAACGCUACAUACGAACUGAAGCUCGGAGAAGAAGUCGACUACAAGUCUAUCGAUGGCUACACUGCCAAAGUAAGUGCGAGUACAAAUUAUUGGUGAGGGGGAAAAGAAAUACUAAAAAAUGUUUUAAAAUAUGAAAAACAAAUCUUCCCACACUGGUAGAAGCUUGUUACACUCGAGAUAUACAUGUAACUAUCGUGUGAUUAAACAUAGAGUAUGAUUAGCAUAAAAUAUGAUCACAUAAAUAAUGAUACUAUGGCCUUAAGUGUUCGGACUUACGUACGUAGACUCAACUGUUAAAAUCGCUUUUUUUCCUCAGACCUUUCUAAAUUUAAGGUAGAUAACUGAAUAAAAAUAAUUACCAUAGAUAUCGCUACUUGGUUAUCUGCCCAUUACUAAUCUAUGCUCGUCUGUGAUCAAAAUAACCUUGAUGAUACGUUUAAAUUUAUAAAGUCAUCUUCUAUCAUAAUUUCCUAACAGACAACUCAAUCACUUAACCCUCUAUCCCUCUACAUCUUACCCCCCCCACCCCAACAGUCAACCCAAUCACUCAACCAUUAAUCUCUAUACAUCUCCCCCCAAAAGUCAACCCAAUCACUCAACCAUUAGUCUCUGUACAUCUUUUCUCCCCAACAUUCAACCCAAUCACUCAACUGUUAAAUUCUAUACAUCUUUUCUCCCCAACAGUCAACCCAAUCACUCAACCAUUAAUCCCUGUACAUCUUUUCUCCCCAACAGUCAACCCAAUCACUCAACCAUUAAUCUCUAUACAUCUCCCCCCAAAAGUCAACCCAAUCACUCAACCAUUAGUCUCUGUACAUCUUUUCUCCCCAACAUUCAACCCAAUCACUCAACUGUUAAAUUCUAUACAUCUUUUCUCCCCAACAGUCAACCCAAUCACUCAACCAUUAAUCUCUAUACAUCUCCCCCCAAAAGUCAACCCAAUCACUCAACCAUUAGUCUCUGUACAUCUUUUCUCCCCAACAUUCAACCCAAUCACUCAACUGUUAAAUUCUAUACAUCUUUUCUCCCCAACAGUCAACCCAAUCCCUCAACCAUUAAUCUCUGUACAUCUUUUCUCCCCAACAGUCAACCCAAUCACUCAACCAUUAAUCUCUGUACAUCUUUUCUCCCCAACAGUCAACCCAAUCACUCAACCAUUAAUCUCUGUACAUCUUUUCUCCCCAACAUUCAACCCAAUCACUCAACUGUUAAAUUCUAUACAUCUUUUCUCCCCAACAGUCAACCCAAUCCCUCAACCAUUAAUCUCUGUACAUCUUUUCUCCCCAACAGUCAACCCAAUCACUCAACCAUUAAUCUCUGUACAUCUUCUCUCCUCAACAGUUGACCCUGUCAGUGGUCGAUGGCAAAUCAGUUGAGACAUACGUCUACGCCGAGAAGUCCUUGACCUGGACAGUCACCAGGACCGUGGAUGGUGACGUCAUGACAGCAGUAAGUACAACGUCAUUAUGGUCAGCUUCAAUUUAUUUUUUUUUAUUUUUUGGUGACCAUGGUUUUUGCUUCCUUAAAAAUCUGUUUAACUGAGCUCAAUUAUCGAUUGCUCAUUAAAAAUUACCAAAUUUUUGGCUAAAAUAAAAUGUCAUGAUGAUUUAUUAAUUUUUUUAAAAAGAAUGAUUUUCCCGGACAAAGAAUUAUAAGAAAUACCAUUUUAAAAAUAAGUUUACACUUACAUAAUUAGUGUACACAUUACAUUGAAAUUGUUCAUGACGACACGUCAACAAAACACUAAGGGGUGUGGGGUGAAACGUAUGACAUUUUGGCUCAUGGGGUGUGUGAGGAGAAAAUUGAUAUGUCAUGACAUCCCGCUUAGUGGUGACAGUCUAACCACUUUAAUUGGUGCGUGAUUUGACUCGUAACACGAUUAAGCCAGUUGAUAUUUGACACAAGGUGGUGUCUAGUGGUUGGCGCUGGAGGUAUUUGAUGCUUGUGGGAGUAUAAUUUGAGGCGCGUAUUUUUUGCCUAACUUGAGUGAAUGCUGCUGUGGCAAAAUCCUAAAAUACCCAGCUUACAACUCACGGACACAUAAGCACAUAGAUGAGUUGCCAUAACCAGCUUACAACUCACGGACACAUAUCACAUAGAUGAGUUGCCAUACCCAGCUUACAACUCAUGGACACAUAUCACAUAGAUGAGUUGCGAUACCCAGCUUACAACUCACGGACACAUAUCACAUAGAUGAGUUGCCAUACCCAGCUUACAACUCACGGACACAUAUCACAUAGAUGAGUUGCGAUACCCAGCUUACAACUCACGGACACAUAUCACAU